AUGAUGCGAAUUGCCCUCUUCCAUCUUGCCCUCGACCUGCUCAGCCCUGUGGCGUCCUCCAUACUCCGGCCACGCGAUACGGCCUUCACCCAUAGGGACGAGUCGACUGCCGUCUAUGCUACUGGCGACACGUAUGAGAAUUUCCAGCCCGGCUACCUUGGGGGCACGUGGGAGCUGUUCAAGCGCGGCGAAUACGUCGACCUGUCCGGGACCGGCUACAUGCGCGUGCGCUGGGAAGUCGAGUACUGGCAGGGUGUUGGCCCGCUAUAUGAGCCGACGUUCGACCAGGUUGCGGGAACUUUGCUGUUCGUGGCCGGCGGCGGUGGUUUCCAGUGGGGGGAUGCGUAUGACGGCGCCUGCUCGCACGGUACUGGGUGCGUAAACCGGACUGGUGCGAGCGAGUACGGUUACAGCUACUUCCCAGAUGGCUCUGACCCGUGGAUUAACAUGUGUUAUUAUCUCGAUGGGUCGGUGACCAUCACGAACCACGAGAGCGGCGGAGACUAUAAUGUGGGCGUCGAGCCGAUUGCCUACGCCGAUAUACUAGUUGAUAUCAAUACAACCCCAGCCGACAAGAACACCAAGUAUGGGUAUUCGUACGACCCGUCGGAAGCCUCUUGUCCAUGUUCGGAGACUUGA